AUGUCCACCAACUUUGAAAAGCACUACCAAAAAAUUGUCGAAGAAAACAACCUAGAACAAUUAAGAGACAUCUUAGUUAGCAAGGACUCUAUUUUAUCUAACAGAUUCAGAGCUUUAUUCAACUUGAAGUGUGUUGCUGAAGAUUUAACCAAAAGGGAGGACGCCGACAAGGCCGUUAAGUACAUUGCUGAAUGUUUCAUUGAUGACAGUGAAUUACUAAAGCACGAGCUUGCCUACGUCUUAGGUCAAACCAAGAACAUGUCUGCUUGUCCAUUAUUAAGAGAAGUCAUGCUAGAUGCCAACCAGCAACCAAUGGUCAGACACGAAGCUGCAGAAGCUUUAGGUGCUUUAGGUGACAAAGAAUCUUUGCCACACUUAACUCAAUGUUUAGAAAACGACCCACAUCCAGCUGUUGUCCAAACUGCCGAAUUAGCCAUUGCCAGAAUCCACUGGGAACACAGUGCUGCUGCUGAAUCCGAAAAGCUACAAGAAUCAUUAUACGAAAGUACCGAUCCAGCUCCACCAUUAGCCUUGAACAAAGACUACAAGAUCAAGGAAUUACAAGAAUUAUUAUGUAACCAAGACAAGCCAUUAUUCGAAAGAUACAGAGCUAUGUUCAGAUUAAGAGACAUUGGUACCACUGAAGCUGUUUCUGCUUUAGCCACUGGUUUCGAUGAUCCAUCUGCCUUAUUCAAGCACGAAAUUGCUUACGUCUUUGGUCAAAUGGGUAACCCAGCUGCUGUCCCAAGAUUAGUCGAAGUCUUAGCCCGUAUGGAAGAAGCCCCAAUGGUUAGACACGAAGCUGCCGAAGCGUUAGGUGCCAUUGCUACUCCAGACGUCGUUCCAGUCUUGAAGGCUUACUUAAACGAUCCAGUUGAUGUCGUCAGAGAAUCCGCUAUCGUUGCCUUAGACAUGUACGAAUAUGAAAACAGUAACGAAUUAGAAUACGCUCCAACUGCUUAA